AUGUAUGUAUUGGUGGUGUACAAGUAUAUGUGCCGUAGGUACUCCUCGAGUGCUUUUACAUUUGCCCAUCAUCUGUUCUACGCGCCCAAAUCAUGGCUCACAACUCCGAAGUAUAUCCUCCACUUCCUCCCCCAGACCCGAUUAUGCGCGCCCCCGAGCCCACCGCCGCCUCCUCCAGAAGACUUGGCCGCUCCUCCACCACCGCCAGACAGCGCAGCCCCUCCACCUCCCCCAGAAGACUUGCUAGCUCCUCCACCGCCGCCAGACAGCGCGAUUCCUCCACCGCCGCCAGUCGAUUUGUUGCCUGCGCCACCUGGCGAGACCAAGAAAAAGCAGAAGCUAGGAUGGGGUGCCAAACGACCUACUACGACUCCGUUGAGUGUCGAGGAACUGAUACGCAAGAAGAAGGACGCAGAUGCGGCUACGGCGAAGCCCAAGUUCUUAUCUAGAGCUCAGCGAGAGAAACUCGCGCUCGAGAAGCGGGCUCAAGAGGUCGAGGCAGAGCGACAAGCCAAGGCGCGCGCCAAUGGCAAUGAUAACAAGGGAUUUGAAUCCGAACCAUUGAUAAAAAGAUCCCAAGGCCUUCGCGAUAACCGGGGGAGCUCAACAGCUCGGAAUAUCCCCACCGGACCGCGAACGAUGUACGACGAUACCCCAACGGAGCCUGUGGCUAUGCGCAAGGGAGGCCGACAGCAUAAUCGUGACCAAGAGAUGCCGCCACCCCCACCGAAAGCGAAGGGUGAAAAGCGUCUGACGGAAGAAGAUGAAGCCGCAGCACAGGCCGCAUUGAUCAAGCACCAGUACAUGGGAGCCGAGCAAACGUCAAACUUCUCGGCCAAGAAGAAGCGCAAGCGUACCGCGGACCGCAAGUUCAACUUCGAGUGGAAUGCCGAGGAGGAUACAAGCGGCGACUAUAACCCUCUUUACCAACACCGACACGAGGCCAACUUCUUCGGCCGAGGGCGUUUGGCAGGCUUUGGGGACGAUGUCGCUGAUGAAAUGACGCGCAAGUACGCUGAGGCAUUGGCAACUCGUGAUCCUGAGUCCGGUAGCGCACGAGCCAAUGAAAUUCUUGAGAUGGAGCGCCGGCGACGCGAGAACAGUACCCGCACUCAGAUCGACAAGCAUUGGAGUGAGAAGCGCCUGGACCUCAUGCGUGAGCGAGACUGGCGUAUCUUCAAGGAAGAUUUCAACAUUGCCACCAAAGGUGGCAGCGUGCCCAAUCCCAUGCGCUCAUGGGAGGAAAGUCCUCUGCCGAAGCGUUUAUUGGAGCUUGUUGACCGCGUUGGAUACAAGGAACCAACAGCCAUUCAGCGCGCAGCAAUUCCUAUUGCCAUGCAGUCUCGCGACCUGAUUGGUGUCGCUGUGACAGGUUCCGGAAAAACUGCUGCAUUCCUUCUGCCACUAUUGGUAUAUAUCUCCGAACUACCGCGGCUUGAUGAGGAUGAAUGGCGCAAAAACGACGGACCAUACGGCAUUGUUCUAGCUCCAACACGUGAAUUAGCGCAGCAAAUCGAGAUCGAAGCGAAGAAAUUUACACAACCCCUUGGAUUCAACGUUGUCAGUAUUGUCGGUGGUCACGAUAUCAACGAGCAAGCAUACAAUCUGCGCUUCGGCGCUGAAAUCAUCAUCGCCACCCCGGGUCGUCUAGUCGACUUCAUCGAGCGUCGCAUGCUGGUACUCAGCCAAUGUUGCUACGUAAUUAUGGACGAAGCAGAUCGCAUGAUCGACCUCGGUUUCGAAGAACCCGUCAACAAAAUUCUAGAUGCACUCCCCGUCACCAACGAAAAGCCUGACACUGAAGAAGCCGAAAACUCGCGCGCUAUGAGCCAACACCGCUACCGCCAGACCAUGAUGUACACAGCCACCAUGCCCGCAGCCGUCGAGCGCAUCGCCCGCAAAUACCUCCGCCGCCCAGCCAUCAUCACCAUCGGCGGCGUUGGCGAAGCCGUCGACACAGUCGAGCAGCGCGUGGAGAUGAUCUCCGGUGAAGACAAACGCAAGAAGCGUCUCGGCGAGAUCCUCUCCUCAGGAGACUUCCGACCCCCGAUUAUCGUCUUCGUCAACAUCAAGCGAAACUGCGAUGCCAUCGCUCGCGAAAUCAAACAAAUGGGCUUCUCCUCCGUCACCCUCCACGGUUCCAAAACACAAGACCAGCGUGAAGCCGCCCUCGCUUCCGUCCGUAACGGCUCAACAGACGUCCUCGUCGCAACUGACCUCGCAGGAAGAGGUAUCGAUGUCCCCGACGUCUCCCUGGUCGUUAACUUCAACAUGGCAACCUCGAUCGAGAGCUACACUCACCGUAUCGGUCGCACCGGUCGUGCCGGCAAGAGCGGUGUUGCUAUCACAUUCCUGGGUAGCGAGGAUAGCGACGUUAUGUACGAUCUCAAACAAAUGCUCAUCAAAUCACCCAUCUCGCGUGUACCCGAGGAACUGCGCAAGCACGAAGCGGCCCAGUCCAAGCCCAACCGCGGUGCUGGUGGAAAGAAAAUCGAGGACAGUUCUGGGUUCGGAGGCAAGGGAGGUUGGGCAUAA